UUAACAAGUCCCUUUUCCCAAGGCUCUGUUGGCCAGGAAUGGGCUGUGGUCUUGAAAACAAGAUCUAGGGCCGGUUGGUUGAAUCAACCCAUCACCUUCUCCGGGAAGGAGAAAAAAAUCCAUCAAUUUGCAGCCCCAUCUCGCCCUUUGGACAUCUUUUACCAAGGAGAAGAACUUUCGGUCCAUGCAGUGAAGGUCAAAAGUUUCCUGGAAGAUCUGCCACUGAAGAAAGCCAGAUGCCACAAGAGGGGGGAACAUGUGGCAGCCCCAGACAGGCAGGGAUCCUGUCCACGUAUCCCCCAAUCUCCUUCUUGGUAAUGAAGGACUUCACCAAGGCCAUCUGUCACCCGGAGGCACUGAAUCAAAACCAGGAGACUGUCAUGUUGUCUUUGCCACCGAACUUGCUGACGGCGUUCUCCAAUCCUGUGUUUGAGGAGGACGGCGAGGCUCUGGCCCAGAACCAGCUGGAGGAGGAGAAGAGCAGUGAUGCCAAACUCACCGCCAAUGGAUUUGCUCAGCAAGUGCGAGAGGCAGCCAGCAAGAAAUUCCAGCCAGACUGCAAAUUUUCCUGGUUCUGUGUGACCGUCCUAAGCCUUCUGCUGCUCCUCCUCCUGGCCUUGCUUGUAGGCAUCCUAGUCACCUACCAGCUCAAGUCCUCUCCUCCAAGUAAGCCCACUCUUGAGACUUUCCUUGGGCACAACGUCGCCAAUGCUACCUUCUCCUCAGUCAGGGGGGCUUCUGGGGACCCUGCCUCCACCAUUUCCCCAUCCCAACCAGAGCUGCAGAGAACCACAAAACCAGGAGUCCUGUGUGGAGGUGAACUUGGAGGCGCCAAGGGCACCUUCAGCUCUCCCAACUAUCCCGAUCCAUACCCACCUAACAUCCUCUGCCACUGGCACAUCCAAGUGAAGAUGGGGAUGGUGAUUCAGCUGAAAAUAGAAAGUCUGGAUGUGGAAGCCUCGGACUUCUGCUUCUAUAAUCGGCUGGAGAUCUACGAGGAACCAGAUAGUCUCUCCCUUUGGGAUGGGCGUACUAGGUACUGUGGCACGGUAGCCCCAGCGACGAUCAACACCAACUCUAACCAGAUUAAAGUUGAUUUUGUGUCCAAUGAUAAUAUUGCUCCUUCGGGGUUCACAGCCAGCUACCGGGCCAUCCUCCCCAGUGAAAAGAACUGCUCCUGGGAUGAAUUCUUGUGUGACCAGGGACUUUGCCUCCUUCCAGCUUUUGUGUGUGACGAUCACCAGGACUGCAAGGACAAUCGAGAUGAAGCCAAUUGUAGCGCCAAGCAUACAGGUUGUGGUGGGACCUUGACCAGCCUGGAGGGACAGUUCUUCUCCCCAAACUACCCCAAACCAUACCCACAUCUGCAGAUCUGUCUCUGGCACAUCUCCGUGCCCGUGGGCCAUGUGAUCCAGCUGCAAUUCUACAACUUCAGCCUCGAGUCCCACGAAGAUUGCAAUUUCGACUUUGUGGAGGUGUACGACAGUGCUGCCAUGAGGACCAGCAGCCUCAUGGGUCGGUUCUGCAACUCCAAUAUGCCUCCUGUGUUGACUUCAUCCCAUCACGUCAUGACCGUCCUGUUCGUGGCUGAUGAGGAGAUUGGGGAUGAUGGGUUCUUUGCUAUGUACCGGGCCCACAACCUGAGUGAAAAAACAUGUGGACCUCUAGAAUUUGUCUGUGGAAAUGGCGAGUGUGUGGCCCAAGAAUUCGUGUGUGACAGCUGGAGGAACUGUCCAGAUGGAAGUGACGAAGUCAACUGUACCAGCAUUUCUUCCGCAUCAGUGGUAGCAGAGGCCUCCUGUGAACCUAUCAAGAUAGAAAUGUGCCAAGGUCUCAGCUACAAUUCCACCUCCUUCCCCAACAUCUGGCUGAUGAUUCCCCAUCAGCAGAGUGCUGAGGUGCUGCUUCAAGACUACAUGGUGCUGCGGGACCUCAGGUGCUACCCUCACCUGCGCUUGCUAAUCUGCAGCCUCUUCGUCCCGAAGUGCAUCCCAGAUGGGGGCACCUUGCAGCCCUGUCGAUCCGUGUGUCUGGGGGCAGAGGAGCACUGCCAGAAGCCCCUGGCCCGCUUGGAAAUCCUCUGGCCCUUGGACUGCAACAUCCUGCCUGACUCCACCAACCCUCUGGAGUGCUUCUUGCCUUGAGGGCCCCCACCCUCCCACCCACCCAGUGCCCAGCCCAGAAGGAGGGAGGGAGGGGGGGCUGUUGGAGGCAGCCAAGAGACGUCCCAGUCCAGGAGACCUUUUGAUCUGUUCAUCUCACAGCAAAUUUUUAUGGGUUUGCUCCCCAAAGUAUCUCCAGGGAGUUGCUCCUGAAGUCCUCUGCAUUGACUCUCCUUCUUGACUCCACUUCUGCCUCUAUCACAGUGGUUCUCAAUCUGUGGGUCGGGACCCCAUUUGGGGUCGAACGACCAUUUCACGGGGGUCACCAAACUAACAGAACGUCCUAACCGUGCUUCGUGAAAGCCAGGAAACAAGAACGUUGCAAUAUUCAACAAGCUUUAUUCACUAUGUUGAAACUAAGUUAGCACUGGAACGAAGCUCCAUUCAUUGCCCUAAAUACAUUCCUCCACCACACCCAGAGUACACACCCCAAUUGACGGUUAAUUGGUCAU